CCGCCGGCCUCCACCCGCCGCGCGCGCCUGGCCCGACAUGGCGUUAACGGCGCCUCCGCGCCGCCGGGCUCUGCUUCUCGCGGCGGUUCCGCUGCUGCUGCUGCUGCUUGGGGCGGCGGCAGGAAGCUCUCAUUUCUUGGAUAAGACUCAACUCACAAAGAAAGGAGAUGCACACUUGAAACAAGAAGGUAUAAUUAGAAUGCACAACUCAGUGGCUCUCUCUGAAUCCAUGAAAAUAACAUCUAUCCCAGCUGUUCCACGAACACCUCAUCAAAUACUUGGAAAAGAAAACUCAACCGUUCCAGUUUAUGUUUCUAUUAAUUCCAAAGGUUUAAUUCUUAAAUGCUUGACUGAAAAGUUGUUAAAGCAAGGAAUAAAUGAUCCAGAAUAUCAGUGGGUUGGUCCCACAGGCUUGAUAACUAAAGACUCAGAAAGACUUGUUUUAGCAGAAGGUUGUCUGGAGAUCUAUAAUAUUCAUGCGGGCGACACUGGAAGUUAUACCUGUAAAGUUACCUAUGUAUAUAAUGCUAAACAUUUGAUGACAGAAGUCCGUUUUAUGAUCUAUGUGUAUCAUAAGCCAGGGAAAAGCCUACAUCUGGCAUCAGAAUUCAAAGCAGAAAGUUGUGAAACCAGUGAAGUUGUUUCCUUUGAAAAAAGACUGUUAGAAGACUUGAAGACAUUAAUUCAUGGCUUGCAGUGUGAAAUUCAGCAGUGGAAGAUGCAGUGCCAUGCAGCCACAAAUACAAUAGCAAUGCUAACACACAAACUUAUAUUCCAGUUUGUAGUUUUUCCUUUUGCAUUGGCAUUUACAGAUCCCUGUGAAAGUACAGACUGUGAAAGUUCCUCCAACUGUAUCAAAAAGGCGUACACCAAGAUUCAGCGAUUUUUGGCAGUCCUAAAUUCACAAGAAUACAAUCAGCAGAUGCAUUAUAUUCCUGGAAGCCUUACAAGUUUGAAGACAGACCAUUGCAAACCAGGAUUUGGUAAAAAUACAAGUAAUAGUACAGUUUGCACAGGGUGUUGCAUAACAUGCCCACCUGGUAGAUUUAGUGCUGAGUAUGAUACUGUAUGCACGCUCUGUCCACCUGGAUCUUAUAAUGAAAAGUAUGGGCAAACUGCAUGCAAAAGCUGUCCAAAGCAACAUACUACUGAUAGAAAAGGAGCCAAAACUGCAAAUCACUGUCACAGAACUCUGCAAAUCUGGAUAGUUUUCUUCAUUAUCCCCACUGGAGUCAUCCUUGUUAUACUGACAUCUUGGGUGAUUAUUCAGCCAUGCUGUAGAAGAAGGCUAGCAGCCCAAUACAUAGAAGCAGAAUCAGAACUGAAAAACAAAUUGAAAACCUUUGCAAGUAUUGCAACUGAUGCUGAGAUUGAAGCACAAAGAAGGAAACUAAGGAGCCCUGCCACAUAUGACAGAAAGCAUUUGCCAAAAAAAAAGGGUAACUUUUUACAGGAAGAAUCUAGAGGAUUAUUAAGUAGUAUCACAGUUACAGAAGCAUCAACAGUCUUUGGCUCAGAUCACUCUCCUGACUACACUUGGCCAAAUGAAGCAGAAACCAGCUUUGAGGAAGGCACAUCAGAGACUACUUUGGGAGAAGAAUAAAUGUAUUCUGUUUUUAAAAGCA